AUGGUGCCUAGCUCUGUCCGCAGACACGCCAGAGCUCCUUCUAACGACUCUGUAGCCAACGUCCAAGACGCUUCAGAUCAACAUAAACGACGUCCGCGUUCUCGCCAGCGCAGGAAGAAGAACCCUACACCUGCAGCAAUUCCGCCACUAGAGACGGAGCAUAUCACACCAGCAACUGAAGAGAAAAAGACCGUAAUGACGACGUUUAAACUUAAAAAGAGGAAGAAACCGACUUCUAAGAAGAUAACUGCUGUUUCUUCUAUGAAAGAGACGGCAAUAGCUUCUACUGAAGAACAGGAGCCAGAGUUCUGUCUAUUGUGUGCAGAUUCUAUCAAGUUUAAUGUGGUAGGAGUAUGCAAUCAUCACGGCAUUUGCAGCAAGUGUUCUAUGCGGAUGCGGCUUAUUAUGGACGAUCGCAACUGUCCUAUGUGUAAACAGCCAAUGGAACGUGUGGUUGUCAGCAGCAGCACACGUUUAUACGAGAGCUUUGAGUUGUGGGGUGAUGCAGCGGGGCCGGAGUCGGUACUUGAUGAAAAGUCGGAAAUGAUCUUUGUUGACUGUCGAGCUCAUUACUAUGAGCUACGCAGUCUUCGUGAGUUUAAUUGCAGGAUAAAACGUUGUCGAGAAAUGAAGCACACUUUGGGUCAAUUGAAAGAGCAUAUGCGUCAUGAUCAUGGCGUUGAGUUCUGUGAGCUGUGCUUGACCCAUCAGUCAUUCUUCAUUCAGGAACAAGAAGUAUUUACUAAAGGUGCACUCAAGGGACACAAUAUUGGACGUAGUCGUGGUGGACCAGCAGGUCAGAAACACGCCAAUACCGGCAAAGAUUUCCACCCGAUGUGUCAAUUUUGUCGAAAACGAUUUUACGGAGACAAGGAGCUGUAUGAACACUUGGAACGCGACCACUUCAAGUGCCAUAUCUGCAAAGUGGAGAAUGAAUACUUUCGCAAUUACGCAAGUUUGGAAACGCAUUUUCGCCGGGAGCACCAUUUAUGUGAGGAUCCAAGAUGUCUCGAAAUGCGUUUCGUUGUGUUCUCGAAUGACGUAGAAUACCAUGCGCAUAUGAGUUCCAUUCACGGCGUACACAAUCGCCUACACUUCAAUUUUCAAGUCGCGCGCCGCGGUGGAAAUCCAGUGAGUGGACCAGUCAGCUCAGGUUACGCGGAUGGAGUGCCGGACCAUUGGAAUUACGGUGUUAGUGAUGAUCCACCAUCUCCAACGGUGCGACUGGAGGACGCAUUCCCAGCACUACCGACACCUGCUGGACCUGCCCCUCCUUUGCUGUUGAGGCCAGCUGUAGCUCGGCCUCUAAGUGCUCAUACUCAGGGUCCACCUGUAUCAGCUCGGUGUGCGCCAACACCGCCUCGGGGCCAAAUCUUUCGCAACCAACGACUGGCACAAGCACUUGGAGUUACUCGACCUGGACUUGCCAGCGGAGAUGCCGCUGCAUUUGAAGAAGAGAUAAAGACACCAAAGUACCCAGACGAAUUGAUUGCUUGGGGAAAGACGAACACGAGUUAUUUAACGGUAGUCGAGCGUCGUUUGGAGCGAAUUGUCCAGGAGCCGUCAUGUCACAGCGUCAGUCUGCGAGUGAUGUCAGGUGAAGAGCGAGCGUUGAUGCACCAAUUGGCCUCAUUCUACGGAGUUGUAUCGGAAUCAUUUGGCGAAGACCCGCGUCGCCGAGUGUCUUUCUUUAAGCAUAAGGAUGCACACGUACCAAGUGUGACGUUGUCUGCGUGCAUCAGUAGUCUCAACAAGCAAGCAAAGGCAGCUCAAGCGUUGAGCCGGUUAAAAUAUCUCCCGCUCCGAAGCGGCAUAUGCCCUCCUCAGGUGACACCAGUGCCAACUGGGCCUCCUGUUCCUGUCAAUCGUGGCUGGGAACGCAUUGAACCUCGCCGCGUCCCAGUCAUCGCAGAUGCGUGGAGUGACGAUGACGAUGACGGUGGAAGUGAAGAAGUGGGCAGUGCACGUAGCUCCACCUCUCAGGAGCAAAGCGAAAUUACAGGGGAUGAGCCAUUGGUAGGGCAAAUCACUAUCGUGAAUGUAGCUGAAAACGGUGGUGACCUGGAGAGUUCUGCUGACAUUGAGGCUCUCAAAGCGAAGGUUGCUGCGGUCAAGCUAGAUGAAGAGGAAUGGAAGUAG